AUGGGUAACAUAACAUACGACAUCUUUGAACAUAUCUUAGAUUACUUACAUGAUGACCGUCUCACGCUUUACAACUGCUCUCUUGUCAAACGUGCCUUCCGUGAUGCCGUCGCGAAAGUGCUGUAUGAGCAGGUAACGUUCUCGCCCGCUUUCACGCCAGUGUUAAAUCUCAGGAAGAGAGCAGAGUUCAUGGAGGGCGUUAUCGCCUCAGCAAGUUUGCCACACAAUGCGGCACACGUCCUCAAAUUUGAGAUCGGCGGCUAUUUGACGUAUCGACCGCCAUUUGCUAUCACGUUUCCUGCCGAGCUAAGAGCGGCCCUGCGCUGCUGGUGCAAUCUGAAUACCAUAAUCGUAGCACCGAAACAGCACCACGAAGAUCUACUCAAUGAUAUACUUCCACUUCUACCGGAAGUGCCGAAAUUGCACGCGCUAUCUAUCAACAGUUCAUACGCACAAGAAGUCCAUACGCAGAUCCUGGUGCAAGUCGGGCAAUUGGAGGCUCUCACCAUCCAGAAUCCAAGUCGGGCCGUCCUAUCACUGCUACCGGAAUGGCUCGGCAGGAUGUCUCGAACUCUGAGAGAACUCCAUCUGAAGGAAAAUUGUGGUUCGGUAACCCCUGGCGUACUUCGCUCCUUCGUCCCGCAUCUCGAAGCGAUACAUGCGUUCAGCCUCGGUCUGUCCUAUUCACUGACAGACGAUGAUGUCUUCUCGUUUCUGAAUCAGCUGCCGAACUUGCGAACUUUAGAGCUUCGCUAUUACUUGCAACUUAGGGCACCUUCGGCUUUGCCAUUUCUCCCGCAUCUGCGCUCUCUCACCGUUCAACAGACGACGGUUACGAACAAAGAGCAUGUGACCUAUUUGUGCAAGUGGAUCCGACGCGUGAUAGCACGCUCUCCGCUGGUGUCACUCUAUCUCAUCUCCCAAGACGUAGACAGAGGUGCAUGUGCGGCUUACGACGGCAUACUCGAACACCUCUACUCGAAGCAUGCGGCGACGUUGCGUGUACUUAGAAUGGACAUGGCCUUCGUCGGGAGGAAAGCUUUGCGUCAGCUCUUCGCAUAUUGCACUAACUUGGAGGAGGUCGCAUUGGCGACGUCAAACAAUGCUCUGCUUGAGAUACCCAGAUUGAUUAGACCGUUGCUUGCCCUUCACACUCUAUCAGUCGAGACGCGAAACGUGAAACCCAGUCAAGUCAACAUGAAUCUUACGAGGGCUCAAGAGUUCUUCAGUGGCGGAACACUGGGUAUGAGACGUCUGACAGUGAAUGGCUGCUGCUGGGAGGGUCAAUGGCAGGCGACUUCUCAGCGCGAGGUACAGUUCUGCAUUAAGCAGGUAUCGCCGCCGGGUACGCAGAGAACCUGGUAA